AUGGCAAGUGCACUCACAUUGAGGAGUGGUACUCAGAUUAAUCUUGAGGAUAAGUUUGGGAGAGAGCAACUAGAAAAUUUUAGCCAAAGCACUACAUAUGAAGAACUUGAAAAUCAAUAUGAGAUUGAUGAACACGCAGAACUAGCUAAGGAGAAGAAAAUGAAUGAGGGUUCAACAAGUCAGCACACUAAUGGUGAAAAAUUAUUUGCCAAGGCAAAAGUUGCUUCACCACCUGUAGCGGAUGAAGUUAGACCUACACCACCUUUCCCUCAGUGGUUAAAGAAACAUAAUGACAAGAAUCAGUUUAGAAAAUUUGUUUAUGUUCUUGAUAGCUGCAUAUCAAUGAGAAAGGUGGAAAGAAUAGAAAUUGUUGCCAUGAUUACAGAAUGUUGUUCAACAAUGAGUAAACUUCCUCCAAACCAAAAAGAUACUGGUAGCUUUGUUAUAUUAUGUUUCAUCGGUGAUAGAUAUAUUGGAAGAGCUCUUUCUGACUUGGGGUCAAGCGUAAAUCUGAUGCCUAAGUCCAUCUUUUUGAAACUUGGAAUGUGUAGUGCUUGA